AUGAUAUCGCUGAAUAUCGGUCAUUUAAUUAUCGCGGCUACAGCAGUCUUCUUUGUUAUUGCAAGCUAUUCCGUCCUAUUUAGCGCUUUUCUUCCGUUCAGAGGCAAUGCGGUCCUUGAUGCAUUAGCAGAAGAUACGCAUUACAAGUACUUUGUACUGCUCAUCAUUCCUACUGGAGCGUAUUUUGUGAUCGCUAACUGGGUUGGAUGGCAAUACUAUCGCAAUUCAUGA